UAAGAGCAAGAAGAACAAGGACAUGCUUCUGUUUUCUAUGUAACAGGAUGUGUUUAACUCUUCACAUGAUGAAGUACACAGUCUGUUGAGCCUCUCUGUAUUUACUCAGAGGUCAGAGAGACCUGCGAGUGAAGACAUUCUAGUCACCGUUCACUAGUAAAACCGGUCUUGAAGGGGGGACAGCUAGUGAGAGAUGCGAUUGGAUCGUUCAGAAUUAGAUUCACUAAUGAGAGGACUUGCUUACUGUUACAGUAGAUUAGCAUCAGUGUUAUCAUUGGUUGAAUUUUCUGUACCCUGCCACUCUGAAUCAAACUCUGCCUUCUAUCAACAUAAUGACAUGUUGAUCUAAGUUAAGUCAAACGAACCGCAUGCUUUGUAGAAGAGAGUGAGGGAAGAGAGAGCGUUUUCACAUCAUGUUGUAUUUUAAACCAGUGGUUUUGGGCUCAAACAUAAAUGCUGUGAGACACAGGCCUGCAAGACUCCAGCCUAAACACAGGUCCGAGCACAAGUGCACACAGAACAAAAACCUUUUGCUUGACAAUGCAUCAUGUAUAGCUUAUUAACAUGUACUGUAUUACUUAUAACGGAUAGUCACGUUAGUGUAUAUUAAAGAACUCUAUUUUUGAUAGGUUUUCCUUUCCAUAAUUGUUGCUAGUGUAACUAUGUUGUGUGAAAUAGCAUUUUGGAUGUCUUUAUAUAAACUUGAGUACUUAUAUCUGUUUUGAAACAUAUUGACACUAGCUUGUUAUUUAACGACGCAACAAUCUCAUAGUUUGUGUGAAGUUCUGGUUAUCACGGUAUUGGUGAGGCGGCGGUAUAAUCUACAACUUAAAUAAAAAGAUGAAAGAAUAAAAAGAAUUGUAGUUUGUUAAUAAUAGUUUUUUACACACACACACACACACACACACACACACACACACACACACACACACACACACACACACACACACACACACACACACACGGAAGACCCCUGUGUUGACCCAUAAAAGCUCAUGGUUCCAAAACUGGCAGUGAGGGAACCAUGGAAACUAUUAUUUAAUUAGAAACAAACACAUUGUAGCUAGGAUACAGAUUGUAUCCUAGAUGGUGGCAUAAUUAACACCUCCUAAAUGCAGUGUUAUUUUAUAGCUCAAUAACUUCCUUUGAGGAAAAAUAGCCAGGCUAUACAAUGGCUAGCAUAAGACGAGUCAAGGUGAAUUGUUAUCUUUCCUUAAAUGACCUUUAGUAUUCAUUUCAUUGACUGAAGACAACAAAACACAAAGCACGACCAGGGACGGGAGGCCAUGGAUGUGACGCAGGAAGUGGAUGGCUUCGAGCAGGAAGUGGGCCUGGAGAGGGCGAUGAGCGCGACCACGUGUGACGUCUUCAACGAGCUGCGUCUGGGGGGGCAGCUGUGCGACGCGGUCAUAGAGGCGGAGGGGCGGCGGUUCAACGCUCACAAGAACAUCCUGUGUGGCUGCAGUCCCUACUUCAGGGCCCUGUUCACCAGCGCGGGCGCCCCCCCCCGGCCGGCGGGGGUGUACCCCAUCCCGGGCGUGGCGGCCGACACCAUGCAGCUGCUCCUGGAGUACGCCUACACCCGGCGGCUGGCCGUCAGCGCGGACACGGUGGAGGCCCUGCUGGUGGCGGCCGACUACCUGUCGGUGCCGGGCGCCGUGCGGGCCUGCUGCCGCUACCUGGGCGCCCGGCUCAGCGUGGCCAACGUGGUGGGCGUCUGGCGGCUGACCGCCCACUACCCGCUGCCCAGGCUGCGGCGCCAGGCCUACGGGUUCCUGCUGCGCUGCUUCGAGGAGGUGGCCCGCGCCUCGGAGGAGUUCCCCGAGCUGGCCCCGGGGGAGCUGGAGCGCCUCCUGGGGGAGGACGGCCUCAACGCCGCCCGCGAGGAGGCCGUGUUCGAGGCGCUGCUGCGCUGGGUCUCCCACGACGAGGAGGGCCGACGGGGCCACCUCGCACAGCUGCUGCUCAAGGUCCGCAUGGGUCUGAUGGACCCCGAGUACUUCCUGAGCCGCGUGGAGAGCCACCCCCUGGUGCGGCGCGACACGCGCUGCAGCCCCGCCGUCACCGCCAUGCUGCGGCUCAUCGGCGCCUGCGACGCGAGCGCCCGCCUGGACGUCCUCAACCCCCUGACGCGCCCCCGCCUGCCGCCCGCCGUGCUGCUGGCCGUGGGCGGCUGGAGCGGCGGCGCGCCCACCGGCAGCGUGGAGUCGUACGACGCGCGCGCCGACCGAUGGGUGGGCGUGCCCGUCGAGGGGGAGGAGCCCAGGGCGUACCACGGCGUGGUCGUGCUCGGCGACGCCCUCUACUGCGUGGGCGGCUUCGACGGCGUCCAGUACUUCAACAGCGUGCGGCGCUUCGACCUGGCGGCCUGCCGCUGGCGCCCCGCGGCGCCCAUGCACGCACGGCGCUGCUACGUGAGCGUGGCGGCGCUGGACGGCUGCGUCUACGCCAUGGGCGGCUACGACGGCCACGAGCGGCUCAGCAGCCUGGAGCGCUACCGCCCCCACGGGAACCAGUGGACGCCGCUGGCCGCCAUGAGCGAGGCCCGCAGCGACGCCAGCGCCACCACGCUCCACGGCAAGGUGUACAUCUGCGGGGGGUUCAACGGCUCCGUGUGUCUGGACAGCGCAGAGUGCUACGACCCGCGGGCCGACCAGUGGACCCUCCUCCCCCCCAUGGGCGGGCCCCGCAGCGGGGUGGGGGUCAUGGCCUACAGGGACCAGGUCUACGCGCUGGGGGGCUUCGACGGCGUGGACCGCCUGCUCAGCGUGGAGGCGUUCAGCCCGGGCGCCGCCGCGUGGCGCGCGGCGCCCGCCAUGCUCGGCCCGCGCAGUAACUUCGGCGUGGAGGUGCUGGAGGGCCGGCUGUACGUGGCGGGCGGCUUCAACGGCCACAGCACCUCCUUCAGCGCAGAGCGCUACGACGGCGCCACGGGGGCGUGGAGCGCCGUGCGCGACAUGGCCGUGCACCGCAGCGCGCUGAGCUGCUGCGUGGUCACGGGGCUGGCCGACCUGGCCGAAUACGCCUUCCCGCGUCCCCCACCGGCCCCGCCCGCACUCCCCGACCAAGACUUUGAUUAAACAUCAGUUCAUUGAGGACUUAUGUUUGACUUAUUUAGUUUUUUACAUUUAUAAAUUAGGCUACAGUUAUAUUUAUGUAAGUAUUACUUCUUCCACUAACACAAAUACUCUAAGACUUAAAUAUGUAUUAUUUUUAUUCUUCAUCUUAGUGUUGGGCUUUUGACUUCAUUACAACAUUACGUUUACUUGUUUUUUAUAUUGAGCAAUUGAUAAUGUUUUAUUUGAAGUGUACUGCUAUUACUAAUUAAUUUCGCUUUGGGGAUGAACGAAGAUGGCUUACCAAUCUUAUAUGAUAUAGAGCAGGGCUAUUCAACGUCCUUAUCAAGUGGGCCGAAAAGGAAAACCACUGUGGGUGCAUGGGCCACACAGAGUAAAACUACGUGAAUGAAUCGCUACAAAUAAAUCGUACUUAAAGUAGUGUUAACUUAAUAUAUAUAGUACUACUACAUGGAAUAAACUUGUCAGACACAUUCCUUCCUUCUUCACUUUUAAUCGUAUCAUUAUAAAAUAUUUUGUUCUCACAUAUUUUGGACACGUAUUUAGAAUUAAACAAUGUUGUUUGAAUCAUCACAAAACAGAACUACUGUACAUAUGAGACAUUUUGAGCCAGUGAGUCAGUGAGAAAGAUUGCACUGCCUUGUUUGCCUCAUCCUGAGACACUCAUGCAGCUUCUCAUAGGUCAUGGAGCAACGUGCCCUUGUUCUGAUGGCAUUCAUAUGAGGAAAGCUAGACUCAAACGUAUCGGUUGAGCCAAACAUUGUCAGAAUAAGAGAUGCCAGUUCCGGAUUGUGGGGUACUGAUACUGGCUAGUAUCACCGGCUACACACAGAAACCUGAUUUGCAUUCAACUAUGUUUCUCCUUUAUUUUAUUUAUUUUUUGCAUGGAACCUCUUGCGGGCCAGAAAAAAAUUAAGAGGGGCCGCAUUUGGCCCACGGGCCGCUAGUUGAAUAGGCCUGAUAUAGAGUA